AUGUCAUUACACGAAGAACGCAGGCCUAUCAUCGUCGGCUGCUCGAUGGUCAUCGUGGCGGGAUUCCUCGUCGUCGUCGUCGUCGUCCUCGUGCUCACGUCGCCGGAAAAGAAAGGCCCAGUCGCCUGCGAAUCCGCCGCUUGCGUCGAACUCGACGGACUGCUCAAAGCCAGCAUUAACGCGAGUGUGAAUCCGUGUGUUAACUUUUACAAGCACGUCUGCGGUUCGUCUUUCGCGAACGGCCAUACAUCGGUAUACCGCCAGCUCGUGGAGAGAUUUGGCCGCGCCCUGAUUUCCUUCACCAACGACGACGUCGCGGUGUCCGCCGUCGGUCAGACUCCCGUCCAGAAGGUGGCCCUGUUUCUCCGCACCUGCCUGCUGACCAUCGCUUACGACAAACAGAGUGAGGUGGCCGAGUUUAGGCGGAAGCUUACGGAGAUAGGUGUCGUGUGGCCCAGCUUUUCCCAAGCGCCCAACGUCAUAGGCACGGCGGCCAAGGUGUACGCAACGUUCCAAGUAGCUCCUCUGCUUGAGAUCAAGAGGAGCCGCGUCGGCGAAGAAGGCGGUCCGUACGCAAGCGUUGGGCCUGACACAACGAUAUCCUCUUGGAAAGAAAAGAGAGACGGGAUGCGGCUCUCCGGAACUUACGAAGUGUUCUACGCAGACACCGUCGCUAUGUACACAGGACAGAAGAGCAUGCCGAGUAGCUCGGAGUUCAAGAAGUUUGAGGACGUGGAGAGCGUAGUGCUGGAGAAGCUUGUUCGCUCACGAAGUGGCCGCCCUGACUACGUGCACCGUCUGCUCACUGUGAACGAACUCGAGCUUUUCACGCCGAAGGUGAAACCCGGAGUGUGGCAGACCCUGGUCACCGGCGACCUUGGACUUUCAACGUCGGCAGAGGUUAGAGUUCGCGAUCCAGAGUACCUGAAGCGGCUCGACGACAUCUUCGGAGAAGUGGAAGAGCGAGAUCUGCACUUCUACCUCGACUGGUACGUAUUGCAAGCCAUGGGUCGGUUCAUGAGCGCGUCUCUGUCGAAGCUGUGGUACGCCGAGUCUUGGGCGACGCGGGACCCGACGGUGAGCGGCGAACCGUCUUUCAGCACGCCCAGUGUGGCCGACUGUCUGCAAUUGACGGAGUCCCUGCUCGGCUGGUCACUGUUCCAGCACUUCGCGACGGUGAAAAUAGACCCGGCUGUUUUGCACAAGGUUAACGCUAUGGCAGACACGAUCAACACAGAACUCGCCAAGCGACUAGAAGCUGCGCCCUGGGUCACCCAAAAGGAUUUUUCGCACCUUGUCGAGGCAUUCGCGAUUAAGGCCGCCUCAAAAGACGUGCUGUAUCAUAGCUCGCUGUUUUCAGCACAGGGAAUUCUGGCCACGGCGAUGGCUAACGUGAGCGACAUGCACCCUUCGUCGUUCUUCAUCAACUGGGUAAACGCCGCCGCUACUACUGCCCGGCUUUCAAAAAGCACUUGGGACCAGGUGUCAACUAGCUACAUCGCGGCCAUCAGGAACAACGACCACUUCGUCGCCUUUGACUCGGCCAGCCAGUCCGUACGACUGCCUCCUUACUUCGCCAUGGUUCCCGUGUUCCACCCGGACCUCACAGACAGCGCCAACUACGGGGCCCUGGGCACGAUUCUGGGAACCGGGUCCGUUCACUUGCUCGUGUCUAUGCUGUCGCGCAAGGAGUCUCCGCUGCUCGCCGAAGCUGCCAAAAGACUGGACUGCUACGCCGAACAAGCGGCUUCGGAAAACGUGACGUUGCCCCGCGAACGCCUCUACCUCGCCGCCUCGCUGCCUCUUGUUUGGGAGGCGUACCAGAAUCGCAGGCUUCUCGGCGUUGGCGAUCACAGAAAGCUGAAGGACUUCUCGAGCGAGAAGUCCUUCUUCGUGACCACGUGCUAUUCGCUGUGCGACGGCCGGGACGCGCCGGACGCUGCCGAGUUCGCCUGCAACGCAGCCGUCAAGAACAUCAAGGCAUUCGGUGUCGCCUACAGCUGCAAAAAGGAGUCGCCCAUGCACCCGAGGCAGAGGUGCCAGCUGUUCAACUAG